CUAUUGUUUGUGUUUUUUUCCAAAAUAUGGCAAAGGUUCAGGUGAACAAUGUAGUGGUGUUGGAUAAUCCUUCUCCUUUCUACAAUCCUUUCCAGUUCGAAAUCACAUUCGAGUGCAUAGAGGACCUGUCUGAAGAUUUGGAAUGGAAAAUAAUUUAUGUGGGUUCAGCUGAAAGUGAAGAGUAUGAUCAGGUGUUAGACUCUGUUUUAGUUGGACCUGUUCCUGCAGGCAGACACAUGUUUGUAUUUCAGGCUGAUGCACCUAACCCAGGGCUUAUUCCAGAUGCAGAUGCAGUAGGUGUAACAGUUGUGCUAAUUACAUGCACUUACCGAGGUCAAGAAUUUAUUAGAGUCGGCUACUAUGUAAACAAUGAAUAUACUGAAACAGAACUGAGAGAGAAUCCACCAGUAAAGCCAGAUUUUUCAAAGCUUCAAAGGAAUAUUUUGGCAUCUAAUCCCAGAGUCACAAGAUUCCACAUUAAUUGGGAGGACAACACUGAAAAACUGGAAGAUGCAGAGAGCAGUAACCCAAAUCUACAGUCCUUGCUUUCCACAGAUGCAUUACCUUCAGCAUCAAAGGGAUGGUCAACAUCAGAAAAUUCACUAAAUGUUAUGUUAGAAUCUCAUAUGGACUGCAUGUGACUAACCACCAUCCUUUUGGUACUGUAUAUGUGUUAAACUGUAAAAACAACCAGAACUAUUUCCCUCAAAUUCCAUAAGUACAUAGUUGGAGCAAUGUGAAGAACUUGUUUUAAAACAUCCUGUAGAAAGUUUAUAAAAAAAAAAAAAAACAAACCAGAAAAAACCCAACAAACAAAACAGUAUUUGAGCAGAUUGUGAAAUAUAAAUACAACUAUUUUUAAGUAA